GAUGAGUACUAAGUAGGCUUAUUUCGUUUGCACAAAUACAAGCGCUUGUUGUGUGCAUGUAAGUUCAUGUUGAAACCAUUUCUUCUUUCGUUUUGGCACACAGUGAAGUCGUAUAUUUGAGUGAUUUCAUUAAGUGCGCGUUACGUGACGAACGUAUUACAUGGGUUUUUUUCUAUGCUAUUGUAUGUUAAAUUUAAUUGAUUCAGCCGAGAGUUAAAUUUUACGAUAAAUUCGAAAUUGUUUUGUGAACAUUUAUAUUUGGUUUUUUUUGUAUGAAAAGAUCUUUCAAUAUAGUUCGAUUGUAUAUUAAAUAGUGUAAGGUGAACCUUUAUAUUUUCUUUGUGGUGAAAUUUUCCGUAACGUAGCACUCACAUAGGAAAAAUUCCAAGAAGAAAUCGUUUGAAAUUUGCGUGCAUUCAAUGUGUAAAUUAUUUGCCAAAACAAAAAGAAAAUUACGAGUGAAGCGAAAUGCCGUCAAUAGGAGUUAAUUUACGUGUGACUGGCCAUUGUAGCCAAGGUGGACGAAAAUACAUGGAAGACUUUUUUUCUGUGGCUUACCAACAGGGUUUGGCUGAUGAACGUGACUUUGAAUACGCCUUUAUUGGAAUCUAUGAUGGUCACGGUGGUGCUGAGGCAGCUACUUUCGCCAAAGAGCAUUUAAUCAAUAUGAUUGUCAAUCAAAAAGCCUUUUGGUCCGACGAUGAUCGUGAAGUGUUGCGUGCAAUUCGUGAAGGAUAUAUCAACACACAUUAUCAAAUGUGGAAAGAACAAGAAAAAUGGCCAAAAACAGCAUCUGGAUUACCAAGCACAGCCGGAACAACAGCAAGUGUGGCUUUUAUUCGUCACGGUAAAAUCUACAUUGGUCAUGUUGGAGAUUCAGGCAUUGUGCUCGGCUACCAAGAAGAUGGCGAAAAACAAUGGCGUGCAAAGGCCUUAACUCAAGAUCAUAAACCAGAAUCGGUUGCAGAGCAAACACGCAUCAUAAAUUCAGGCGGUAAAGUUGUAAGUAAGGCUGGUGUACCGCGUGUGGUGUGGAAUCGACCACGUAUAGGGCAUAAAGGUCCAGUACGUCGAAGCACACCAAUCGAUGAAAUUCCUUUUUUGGCGGUUGCACGAAGUUUAGGCGAUUUAUGGAGCUAUAAUUCUGCUUUAAAUGAAUUUGUUGUGAGUCCUGAACCUGAUGUUCGAGUCAUCAAAAUCGAUCCAAAGCGAUUCAAAUGCCUUGUUUUUGGAACGGAUGGAUUAUGGAAUGUUGUAUCUCCACAAGGAGCUGUUGACAACGUUCGACUCUCCGAUCAAAUAAAUGAGCAUAGCGCAUGUAAUAAUGAGUCCCGUGAAUGGAUAAAUCCAAGUAAAAAUCUCGUGGACAAAGCGCUUGAACGAUGGAGUACCAAGAAAAUGAGAGCAGAUAACACGUCAGUCGUUAUAUUAAUGUUCGAUCCACCUGGUCCACCGAAACGCGACAUUUUGAAAUCAUCCUCGUCACGAUCACAUCUUUUGGGCUAUCUACCGGAAACGGACGAUCAACCGUCACAACAUUUAGAAAUCGAACCGGUACAAAGUUUUGCAAUGUACGAUCACAAUACAAACGAGCUUAUAGACAUUGAUGGUAUUCCACUGCCAACAAGUGGUGCCACAGUUUUAACGCGAUACGAUAACAUUACGGAGAGUGAUGUUCAAACACACAAUCAACAGCAAGCCUAUGCAAACAUCACCGACGAUGACACUUUGAAUGGUGGCACAGUACCAUAUAUGAACAGUUUUGCUGAAUCGUACAAUUCACUAUUGAAUUCGAGUCUAAAUGAGGAUCAUUCAUAUGUGUAUAAUAAUGAUGCGAGUGAAGACAGUGAUUUUGAUGAUUCAAACAGCUAUGAUAAUCCGAAUACAACACAUCAACUAUUGGAUCGAUCACACGAGCCAGUUUACAGUCUGCAUAAAUUAAAAACGAGAAGCGAACAACAAUAUGAUGCAUUCGCUUCAACAUCAUCGCCACCAAUGCCAUCCAAUGAUGUAUAUGGCAGCUAUCAACACAAUUUAGUCGAUCACAAUUAUCUUGGCGAUCAGUCACAAUAUCCAUCAACAUCGGGUGAUGGAGAAAGUGAGUAUUUUAUUGAACCGAAUGUCUCAGUAGUUGAUCCAAAUGAACUAACCAUUAUUGAAAAUUAUUACUCAAAAGAAUCAACAUCAAGCAUUGAAAUGGCAACUGCCGAAAAAGAAUGCAUCGCAACAACAUUGAAGGACGUCACCGAAAGCAAUGAAGAAUUUACAAAUGAGUCGAAUAUUGACAAAAGCAUUCAGAUCAACGAAAUAUCAUCAUCGGAUAGUAAUAAUGAUUCAGUGUCAAGUCUGCCAUCAUUGCGAUUGAGAAAGACACCAACAAAUCUAAAGAAAUCAAAUGCCGUUAUCGAACUUCCGACGCCCGAACGAAAAGUGACACGAAGAAGCCUUGCGCCAUCUGUACGUGUAACACGAUCUACAGGUACUGAGAAACAACAACAAUCGAAAGUCACCAAAAAUGUAAAAAAGGUAGCUGUCAUCAUUCAAAAACCGUCGGCAAGUGGUCGUUUGCAUAAGGAAAAUAUUUCGAUUCUACGCAAAGUGUCAGUUAAAGCUUUAGUGGAUAGUGCAAUUGUAUCGCCGAGUCAUCGUACACGAAACUCAUCAGAGGUACCACAACAAAACCACAAAGUAUUGAAUCAACGAACGUUACGAUCACAAAAUGCGCUAACCAAAGACAUUGUCAGCACCAAGACCAUUCAUCGUUCCAAUCAAACUGCCAAUGUUAAUCAAAUCAUUCAACGGGACGUUGCGCAAACAAAAGUUUGCCCACAUUCAACACGAGCAAAUAGUAAUAUUAAAAUCACCAAUGUCGCGAGUAACACAAAGAAUUUGACCUGCAAAAAGCAACCAAAACGUCUGUUGAACACAGAUUCAGUACAAAUAGUUAAAUCAAGUAGUAGUAAGUUGCAAAAAUCCGCAGAACUAUUGGCUCAGGCCAAAAAUUCACAAACAUUACGUUUUAAAGUGGUGGUGGCGAAAAAUUCGAUGGUGGAACAAAUCGGUAACACAUCACGUCCGUCGAUAGUAACUCGACGAAUGCGAUUACAACAAUAACAUUGAUCGUAUUUUCCCAUUCUUUUUACUCUGUGAGCAAAUCGAUUAAAGUUUCUUUUUUUUUUUUCGUAUUGAAAUCAUUUUCACAUACACUCAUUAAAUAUUGACUCAUACAUACGAUUUUGAAGAGAUCUUUUGGAUAUUGUAGCAACCUGUAUUACUUAAUAUUAUUUUAUUUAAUCGUCGAAUCAAUUGUAGAAUAUUCAUUUCUUUUGUUAUUUCUGUAUAUUUUUUUUUGGCAAUUGAGUUCAUUUUUUCCCUCGAACAAUUUUCUCAUUUUGUUAUUCACAUUAAUUUAUUGAAACUCAGACGAAAUCUGCAAAUAUAUUCCAAUGUAUUUAAGACUCGGCUUAUUUCUAAUCUUAAGUAUAAAUGAUAAUUUCGAGGUAAAACGAUUCUCAUUCAAAAGUAAUUAGAAUUUUAAGUGUCAUAUAAAUUUAAAUUAAUUUCAUUUUUUUGCUAACGUUAAAGGCUUUAAAGCCAAUCUGAAUUUUGAGUUAUCAAAAAAAUUAUCAAAAAAAAAAACAUAAAAACUGUUGAUACUAACAAAAAUAAAAUGAGAGAAAAAAGCGAAUAAAUUAGUACCAUGAAAUGAUUUACCACCACUUUAAAUGUAAGCUCACAAAAGCAAUUUAAACCAAUGAAUCCAAACAAUGCCCGUUUUUUACACCAAAAAAUAAGGACUUAUGUACCUUUUUUUUCUUGUACAAGACACUUUCUUGUACAUUGUCAAAUAACCGACCACCAUCAACUAAAUAUCAUCUAAAAUUGUAGUUUUAAAUACCAUUUGUAUCAAUUCUCUUAUUCAAUUUUUAUUUUCAACAACUAGAGAACCUUUUAACUGCUGAAGAGUUAAAAUAGACAAAGAUUCAAAUGAAUUAAAUAUUAGUAAAUUUAACGAAAAACAAAGAGAACAGAUGUAAUAUAUCCAUAUAUUUUCUUUAUACUAUUAAUAGAUGAAUUUUUGACGAAAUGAACUAGACAAUUGCA